CGCAAACUUCUGGACAACGUUUGGGGGGAAGUUCCCCCGAAACAGACAACGGCUGUGAUGGGUCCUUCUGGAGCUGGAAAGACAUCAUUACUCAAUAUCCUUGCUGGUCGCGCUCGCACUCAUGGUCAAAUUUCUAUCGGAAAAGAUAUUCGUCUCAACAACUACAGUGUGGACCCCACAAAAAUGAAGGUUCGUCAAAUGAUUGCAUUUGUCGCUCAAGAUGAUAGCUUGCAGGAGACAGCUACACCUCGCGAAGCAAUUCGUUUUUCAGCCAAGCUAAGGCUGCCUCGAGCUACCACAGAAUCUCAAUUGGAUAAGCUGACGAUCCGAAUGCUGAGUGAACUUGGUUUGACGGCUUGCGCCGAUGCAAUGAUUGGAGGUAGACUACUAAAGGGUGUUUCAGGCGGUGAACGCAAGCGAACUUCGGUUGGUGUGGAACUUGUGGUCAAGCCAGCGCUAGUCUUUCUGGACGAACCAACGAGUGGAUUGGACUCAUUCAGCGCGGUGCAGCUCUGUCAGGUCUUGAAGAAAGUAGCGAAUGCUGGAGCCAGCGUGCUGUUUACAAUCCACCAGCCGUCAUCUGUCAUCUUCAGUUCCUUUGAUCAUUUGCUAGUGAUGAACAAAGGCCGUCUCAUGUACACUGGGUCGGUCCAGGAUGUUCCGUCCUAUUUCGCGAAUCGUGGUCAUCCCAACCCGCCAAACUACAAUCCUGCUGACUUCAUUAUGGAUGUGGCGCAGUCAAUUCCCGUGGAGCAGCUCACUAGAGAGGGCUUUUUUCCUGCUGAUGAACGCAAAAUGGCUGAUCCGUUUGAACCAGAAGAAGGACAGGAUGCGCUCGGGAUAACUGUGACCCGACACACAUAUCGAGGUGUGGACAUGUACGACGGUUCACCACCAGGGCUUCUGACUGAGAUCAGACUGCUUUUCCAGAGGGAGGUAAACAAUCUCAAACGUGAUACAUCAGCUCUGAAAGCGCGCUUUAGCCUUAGUCUCGUUGUUGGGCUAAUUGUGGGAGUGAUCUUUUGGAAGGUUGGCGAGACGGAUAGUUCCGUUUCUACAAACCUGCAAUCUCACUUCGGUGCAGUCAUUCUUGUUUCUUUAAUGAGCAUGUUCGAAACCGCACAGCCCGCAUUAUUCGCAUUUCCUGCCGAGCGCCCUGUCUUUCUCCGUGAAUACAGCACGAAUCACUAUUCGGCAGCUUCUUACUUUCUGUCUCAUUCCGUAUUGGCUCAUCAAAUCUCACUACUUUUUCUUCCGGAGCAGUGUAUUAUCACAUACUUCAUGAUUGACUUCCAAUUGAACUUUGGUAUGCUUUUUGCCGUUCUAUACGUAUUGGCCAUGGCCAGCACGGCACUGGCUGUUCUUUUGGGAUGUUCUGUGGAAGACCCGAAAGUAGCACAGGAAAUGCUUUCCAUCAUCUUUGUUCCUCAGAUGCUAUUUUCCGGAUUCUUUGUGACCAUCGAACUCAUUCCAGCUUGGUUGCGUUGGCUCCGGUACAUUUUCCCGUUGACAUACGCUAUCCGUAUUAUCUUGGUGGAAGAAUUU